AUGGUUUUUGGAGGAGAUUUUCGGCAGGUACUAGCAGUAGUUCCAAAAUCAACUAGAGCAGAAAUUGUAAAUGAAAGCUUGGUGAAAUCUUAUCUAUGGCCUUUCAUGGAGAAGAUUCAAUUUAGGAGAAAUAUGAGAGCAAGAACAGAUCCAACAUUCAGUGAAUUAUUGCUUCGUGUGGGUAACAGAGAUAAACCAACAAUAGGCGAUAAUUUAAUCCAUCUUCCAGAACAAUUGAAUGCCAAUCAUUGUAGGGAUGGAAUUUCAAAAGAAUACAUAAUAAAAGAGAUAUUUCCAAACCUACACAAAAAUGAUGCUAGCGCAAAAUAUGUCACCGAACGAGCGAUCUUAGCAAGCAGAAAUGACCAUGUGGACAAUCUUAAUGACAAGUUAAUAUCCCUAUUCCUAGGUGAAAGCAAGAUUUUCAAUAGCUUUGACUAA